AUGAUUACCCUCAGAGAUGAGAAAACUGCCAUCGACUGUUCGCCCACUUUUCAGAUGCGUUCGCUACGUCCCGUGUCCGCCAAGAUUGUGUCCUACGGCCGAGAGAACCAGUCUCACCGUCAAAACCCUACGCUCUACGUACUACGUGUGAGUCGCAGUGGUACUGCUGAUUGGUACGUGGCCAAGCGCUACUCCGAGUUCCGGGCGCUGCACGACGCUCUACAGCGUCAAUUUAGCGGUAAUAAAACCCAUCCUAGUUGUGGCGCUUGUGCGGAGCUCGAGCACUUUUACAGCAGUGUGCGCUUCCCGGAGCGCCACAUUUUUCAGUCUGGUCUGAGAUUCUCCAAGAAGCGACUAGAUGCCACGAGGAUGGAGGAGCUAGAUAGCUACGUGCGUUUUCUGCUGGAGACAACGCAAGGCUUGUUAGGAGACGAAGACGAUGCAGAAGAAACGCCGGAAUGGGAUGGUAAUGAGUACUUGAGAUGUCUAGCGCUGGAUCUUAUCCGGGACUUUCUGAUGGUGAACGAAGACCACACAACGGAGGCUGAUGGCAAGACAAGACAAGAGGGAGACAAUAGGAACAAUAGGGAGAACAGAAGGGCAUCCACGGGUGCAGAUGCUGCAAUCGUGCCAAGAUGUCAACUACUUCGGCUAUCACGACGGAGUUCCUCCGUCACCAGCUUUCAUGUGCGGGAGUUGGACCUCGUAUCGACUGAGAAGAAGAGCUCGCCCUCUGGCGACUCAAUGCGCAACUUAUUUGCAGAGGACUGGUGGGAAUCCUCUUUUGCUGACGUGUUCGACGAAAGCAUCGCGCCACCUGAGGAUGCUUUUAUUCAUCGCUAG